AUGAUUGCUUCAGAAAUUUUUGAAAGAGGUGUGCAAGAUCCAUUUUGUCAAGAUUGCGAUUAUGAGGAUGAAACAGACGUACAAAGCUUUAUAGGCCCAAAUGAUUUUGUUACUUCCAAAUUAGCUUCCUUUAAUUUUGAAAAUUCCUUAAAAAAUAACUAUUCCCGUAACAGUAGCAAUAGUUCUACCAAUGUCGGUAACACGAGCAGGCACAACGGUAGUCAUGUAAUUGGUCAUCACUUGAGAAAAAUCAAGACUGCUCCGCACCAUCUAUCUGGUUUCGCUCCACCAAAUUCAUCGAAUUAUUCUAAUGAAACGGUCCGCCCUUCUCCAAGAAGAAUAAGAGCAAAUAGCAGUACUUUGAUUCACCAAUUGUCUAGACAGUCCACUAGGAAGUCUUCCUUGGGUGACGUAACAGACUGCUGUGUUGAACAUAAAUGCAUAAAACCAAAAUGUAGGCAUUCUUCCUGUUAUGGUAUACCAACACAUCUUUAUGGGUUGGAAAAAUACGUUUCAUCUGAAUUGGACUCGUUAACAGUAAAUAGCGAUCAAUCGAAUGGUUUCACUCCCCCAUCAACGUCCAUUUCAACGCCCGCUUCGAACUCCAAUUCGUACCUGAAUCUAAAUUCAAAUUCCACCGCAUAUUCGUCGUCUCAUCCCUCCAGCGAGAAAAAUAAUCGAUUGAAACUGAUUUCUCAUGGAAAAGUUUCGCCAAGUAACGCCACGAGCCAUUGCGGAAAUCCUAUUUAUUAUUCAAAAGAACGAACCCAUUCAAAUUUGAGAAGGGGGUCUUCUUCAGUACCUUCCACUGGUUCUUCUUCAGUACCUUCCACUGGUUCUUCUUCAUCCCCCUUGCAGACAAGGAAUAAUUCAUAUUCCAACUCUUUGGUUAAGUCCUCUUCCAAUAGCUCAUUGAAUACUAGUGUAACUUCCUCUGGAGAAGAACCCGUUCCCCACACGUCUAAUUGUUUAGAGGACAGGAAUCCAAGAAGAAAAUCAUUUAUAAAAUUAUCAUUAGCGAGUUCAUUCUCUAAUUAA